AUGUCAGCUGUGCGCUACGUUCCGAGCAUGCCCACCAUUUUGACAAUGUUAGGAGCUGUUGGACGCUGUUGCACCGGGGCUCUGCAGGCUCUGAAGCCUGGGGUCCAGCCCUUGAAAGCCCUCGUUGGAUCCCCAGCUGUCCUCUCACGCAGAGACUAUGUGGCUCCAGCCGUCGCAGCCAAUGUUGCCAACGGCCGCAUCGUGGCUGUCAUCGGUGCCGUUGUCGACGUCCAGUUCGACGAGGGCCUCCCCCCCAUCCUGAAUGCCCUGGAAGUGUCCGGCCGCGAGUCCAGGCUCGUCCUGGAGGUGGCCCAGCAUCUCGGGGAGAACACAGUGCGUACCAUUGCUAUGGAUGGUACUGAAGGUCUGGUCCGUGGACAGAAGGUUCUGGACACUGGGGCGCCCAUCAGAAUCCCAGUGGGCCCUGAGACCCUGGGCAGGAUCAUGAAUGUGAUUGGUGAGCCCAUUGAUGAGAGGGGCCCCAUCUCCACCAAACAGACUGCACCUAUCCACGCUGAGGCUCCUGAAUUCACUGACAUGAGCGUUGAGCAGGAGAUUUUGGUCACUGGCAUUAAGGUGGUGGACCUGCUGGCCCCCUACGCCAAAGGAGGAAAGAUUGGUCUGUUUGGUGGUGCUGGUGUGGGUAAGACUGUGUUGAUCAUGGAGCUGAUUAACAACGUGGCCAAGGCCCAUGGUGGUUACUCUGUGUUUGCUGGUGUUGGAGAGCGCACCCGUGAGGGAAAUGACUUGUACCAUGAGAUGAUUGAGUCUGGUGUCAUCAACCUGAAAGACACCACCUCCAAGGUGGCGCUGGUGUACGGACAGAUGAACGAGCCCCCCGGCGCCCGUGCCAGAGUGGCCCUGACUGGGCUGACUGUGGCAGAGUACUUCCGUGACCAGGAGGGUCAGGAUGUGCUGCUCUUUAUCGACAACAUCUUCCGCUUCACACAGGCUGGCUCUGAGGUGUCUGCCCUUCUGGGUCGUAUCCCCUCUGCUGUGGGUUACCAGCCCACUCUGGCCACCGACAUGGGUACCAUGCAGGAGAGAAUCACCACCACCAAGAAGGGUUCAAUCACAUCUGUGCAGGCCAUUUAUGUGCCCGCUGACGAUUUGACUGACCCUGCCCCGGCCACCACUUUCGCUCACUUGGAUGCCACCACUGUGCUGUCCCGUGCCAUCGCCGAGUUGGGAAUCUACCCCGCUGUGGACCCUCUGGACUCCACCUCCCGUAUCAUGGACCCCAACAUUGUUGGAUCUGAGCACUACGAUGUCGCCCGUGGUGUGCAGAAAAUCCUCCAGGACUACAAAUCCCUUCAGGACAUCAUUGCCAUUCUGGGUAUGGAUGAGUUGUCUGAGGAGGACAAGCUUACUGUGGCCCGUGCCCGCAAGAUCCAGCGUUUCCUGUCCCAGCCCUUCCAGGUGGCUGAGGUCUUCACUGGCCACAUGGGCAAACUGGUGCCCCUCAAAGAAACCAUCAAGGGCUUCCAGAGCAUCCUUGGGGGAGAGUACGAUGCUCUGCCUGAGCAGGCUUUCUACAUGGUCGGCCCCAUUGAGGAGGUGAUUCAGAAGGCUGAGAAGCUGGCUGAGGAGCACUCAUAAACAUCUGAACAAUCUGUUUAACUGUUUAGCUGAGGAGAGGAAAAACAAGAGUGGGUGCUGUGGUUUGGAGCACUUGGUUUGUAAAACAUGUCAAAAUACAAAUGUACCUGUCUUGUCAUCCUGAAAAAGAAAGUUCUAUUUAAUGUUUUCCAUGAAAGAUGGAAUAAAGCACCGUCUUUACACAAACCCACUUGUCAACUGUAUAUUUCCCAUUGAUAGUUGAGAACUGCAUUCCGAGUGAGAGGAGUUCAUUCAGCGGUUGUCUUUGCCUAAUCUGACCACAAGAUGGCAUUCUUGAGCCAUAUGGAGCUUUCUAAGUUGUGUUGCAGCUUGUCACAUUCUGAAAUAAAAUGGUGGACAAUAUUGAAUGCCUCUUUGUGUCCAACUUUAAACGGACUUCACUUCUUAUUCUGUAGAAUAGCUCACAAAUCUCAGUGAUCCGUAUGACACCACUCCAAUAAAUAAAUAAAAAUUCCCCCA